CGUAAAACUGGUGAUAAAUAAACAUCAGUAAAGAUACAGCACCUUAUAGUGUACAGUAAAGCUCCCUUGUUAUUUAUAGGGUUAACCUGUGGCUUCCCUAUGAAUAGAAUAAUUUAAGUUGUAGCCCCGGCAGGUAUGAUACACCUUUGAAUAGUACACUGAAACGCACUACAAAGUAUCAAAGAGGAUCAUGACUGCGCUUGUUGCACUGGGAAGAAGAAGCAGGUUGUUAUCUAUAUGUCGGUCCAUAGUUGGUGCGAAGGCCAUGUCCACCUCAGGAAAGACUGAAAGCAGUGCUCAAGAAGGCACUGUUAUAGUUGAACAUCUUCCAGAAAUUACAAUGAUUGGUAUAAACAGACCAGAAAAGAGAAACUGUGUCAACACUUCAACAGCAGUGGCUCUACUACAAGCAUUUCAAGACUUUGAUAAGGAUGACUCUGCAAAAAUUGCUGUGCUAUAUGGUGUAGGAGGCAACUUUUGUGCUGGAUUUGACUUGAAAGAGCUCAGUGAGAAGCCUCCAGAGAGACUUUCUUCAAGUGAUCGAGGACCUAUGGGCCCAACACACUAUGAAACCAAGAAACCUGUGAUAGCUGCUGUGGAGGGCUUUGCAGUGGCUGGUGGGCUUGAAUUAGCUUUGUGGUGUGACCUCCGGGUAGUGGAAGACACAGCAGUAAUGGGAGUCUUCUGUAGAAGGUUUGGUGUUCCACUAAUUGAUGGCGGGACAGUUCGCCUUCCUGCCAUUGUAGGUCUUGGCCGUGCUCUUGAUCUCAUCCUUACCGGCAGGGCAAUUAAAGGGAAAGAAGCAUUAGAGUGGGGACUUGCUAACCGACUCGUAGCAUGUGGUACAGCUGUUGGGCAAGCAGUCAACCUAGCUCAAUCUUUGGUUAAGUUUCCUCAAGAAUGUAUGUUAGCUGACCGAGCUUCUGCAUUACAUGCCACAUUUUCUGCAAAAUCUUUACAAGAAAGUCUACAAUUUGAAUCAGAAAAUGGAAUUCCAAUAAUUUUGAAGGAAUCUGUUCUUGGAGCCCAAAAAUUUAUUGGUGGAGUAGGUCGACAUGGCAAGUUUAACCUGGAUCAUAAAAUUGGCUCAGAGAAUUCCAAGCUUUAGUAUGAAGACACUACAUAAUAAUUAACCUGGGUUCCAUAUAGGCAGGUAUGACUUUUUCCUCAUUGUGAAAGUGGGUCCCAUAGGCAUGACUGCCGUGCUCCUUCCUCAUUGUACAAAGAUGUAAAGUUAUGUGUAGCAAGUUUUUAGAUAUGGAUGUGCAUUAUCAUCAUCUCUGACUUUUAUUCUGUUUUGCUCUGGUCUAGAUGUUAAUAUAAUUUUGUUUAUGUAUGUGCUAUUAUUAAUCUGAGAUUUGAUAUUUUUGUGAAAAAUUCUUGUUAAAAAUAUGAAAAUACUGUACAGUAUAUGUGGGAAUAUCAAACUUAAUCUAAAAUAUUAUUAACAGUAUUUAUAUAUACUGUACUGUACUGUACUGUACUGUACUGUACUGUACUUUACUGUACUGUAUUGUACUGUAUUUAUAAUUUAUUAUAUGUUAAGUUUUAAAGACAAUGUUCUUAAAAAAAUAAAUAUAUAUUUUAUA